AUGAUUCAGAAUGUCACUGCUGUGACAUCCGAUCUCUGGCCCUCUAUGUCUAGUCUUUUCGCGGCUUCCUUGAAGCGGUCCGGCCGAAGUCCGACUCUCGUCCGCGCUUUCGCAGUCCCGGCCACUCGUUCCAUUUCGACAGUGUCACCCUUCCGCUUCAAAUCGUUACAGACCGCACCAAAGCCACAAGGUCUGUCACAGCUCCAACAACAGAGGUUCAUCUUUGGAGGCUCUUCGCAGAAUCUACUGGCACAGAAGGAGAAGACCGCGAACAACAAUCCGAAUAGCGCCAAUGCCCAGAAUGCCUUCUACCAAGCUCUUCUGCGUGCAAACAUGCCCGCGAUCGUUGUGGAAAGAUACCGGACCGCUCAAUUCGCAAGCAACUCGACAACAGAGGCCCUCUUCACUCAAGCUCUGCAGCGCGUCGGCGGUGCUGAGGCCAUCGGUUUUGGAGCGCAGACCCAGGGUCUCAAGUCUGAACAGCUUCAGGCCGUUGGACAGGCCGUUGCUGCGCAGAACGGUGGAGGUCAAAUUGGAAUGGCAACUCGGCAAACUGGCACUGGCGCGAAGGAGGCCCCUCUCUACGUUGUAGUGGAUGAGUCUCUGAGCAGCGUGGUUUUCCGCUGGGUUAAAUUCCUUUUGAUCUUUGGAUUUUUCUGCUAUCUCUCCCUCGUUGUGGUUACCGUCUUGAUCGAGACUACCGGUGUUAUGAAGAACAUUCGCGGCGCACAGACCAAUGAAGCCCAGCCUCAGCAGCAAACUGUGCGGUUCAGUGACGUUCACGGUUGUGACGAGGCCAAGGAUGAGCUCCAGGAGCUUGGUGUUCUUCUGGUUGGUCCUCCCGGUACUGGUAAAACCCUGCUCGCCCGUGCUGUCGCGGGAGAAGCCGGUGUCCCGUUCUUCUACAUGUCUGGCUCCGAAUUCGAUGAGGUCUAUGUCGGCGUUGGCGCUAAGCGUGUCCGCGAACUCUUCAGUCAAGCCCGUGGCAAAUCCCCCGCCAUCAUCUUCAUUGAUGAGCUGGAUGCCAUAGGUGCGAAGAGGAAUGAGCGUGAUGCUGCCUAUGUCAAGCAAACCCUUAACCAGCUGCUCACCGAACUUGAUGGCUUCUCCCAGAGCAGCGGUGUUAUCAUUCUUGGCGCUACCAACUACCCCCAACUACUCGAUAAGGCAUUGACCCGACCUGGUCGAUUCGACCGCAAGGUCACUGUCGGUCUUCCUGACGUCCGCGGCCGUAUGGAUAUUCUUCGACACCACAUGAAGGAUGUUCAGAUCGGCACUGAUAUCGAUCUUGCUGUUAUCGCCCGUGGCACUCCCGGUUUCUCUGGUGCAGACCUUGAGAAUCUUGUCAACCAGGCUGCAAUCCACGCCAGUCGUGACCGCAAGACCAAGGUCGGCUCGUUCGACUUUGACUGGGCCAAGGACAAGAUCAUGAUGGGUGCUGAGGCUAGGAGCCGCAUCAUUCAAGAUAAGGAUAAGCUUUCGACUGCCUACCACGAAGCUGGUCAUGCUCUUGUUUCCUACUUCUCGCCCUCCUCUACCCCCCCUGUAUAA